AUGCAAUCGUCUGGAAAGCCCCGUGGAGUGCUCACUAUGCUACGGAGCUAUGAGAAUGCACUCAAGCUGCUCAAUAGUCAACGGCGCAAUGCGCGCCCGAAAGCUGUUAAUGCGCCCUUACAAGUAGAGUCCCAGGGAAGCAGUCAAGCCCUUCGAGGAUUGCCCAGUCUCUCUGGAAUGAAGGAGUGGCUGCAGCUCCUCGGUCAUUCGGAUAGGGACAUCAAUGGAUUAAACAUCGUGCAUGUUACUGGAACGAAAGGCAAGGGAAGCACAUGUGCCUUUACACGUUGUCUUCUUCGUGCCCAUGGCCUGAGAACAGGGUUUCCGAAACGUGUUGGGCUCUACACCUCUCCAGAUUUACGCUGUAUCCGAGAGAGAAUACAGAUCGAUGACAAACCCAUCACUGAAGACCUUUUCACAAAAUACUUUUUUGAAGUCUGGGACUGUUUAUUCCCUGUCAAUCGCCAGUCGGAUGCUCAGACCCUCCGACAGCCUCGAUUUCUGCAGCUCUUGGCUUUAACGGCCUUCCACGCAUUCAUCGGGGAAAAAGUCGAGGCUGCGAUUUUUGAAACCCACCAUGGCGGGGAGUACGAUGCGACGAACGUCAUACAAAAGCCCGUCGUUACAGGAAUCACUUCUCUAGGACUAGAUCAUGUCGAGCAGUUAGGCCCUACGAUCGAAAACAUUGCGUGGCACAAAUCCGGAAUAUUCAAGACUGGCUCGCCCGCGUUUUCGCUGCCGCAAGAACCAAGUCCCGCAGCUGUCAUGAGGAAACGUGCUGCGGAGAAGGGGACCACCUUGAGUUUUGUCUCAGUCAAUGACAGCUUGCUUCCAGGCAAUACCAAAGUUCUUGGAGUUCCCGUGCAACGACUGAAUUUCUCGUUGGCUCUGGAGCUUUCUAAGGCUUUUCUACAUUCAAAGGGUCCCGGUAGUCACCUCACUGGUGAUGACAUAUCUCUCGGUGUGGAACGCUUUUCCUGGCCUGGAAGGUUCGAAAUCAUCGAUGAGGGUGUAACUCGGUGGUUCUUGGAUGGUGCACAUAACGAACUGAGUAUUGGUCAGGCCGCUGAGUGGUAUGCCAAAAUUACGAAUUCUUGCCAGCGAGGACAUCGUGUUCUCAUAUUCACACACUUCUCAGAGGAACGAGAUGGGCCCGCCCUUCUCAGACACUUAGUACUAGCUUUGCUCGCCAACAACGCAGCGCCUGACCAUGUCAUCUUCACAACAUACAAAGAGAGAAAAGAUGGUUCAACAAGAUUCGAUAAAAUGCUCAAAGUCCCGGAAUCGUCGAUUCCUGAACAUUUCGCUUUGUAUUCCUCCAUUUGGAAAGAGCUUGAUCUCAGAGUGCAGUCAGCAAAGGUUUCAACUGCGGAAACGAUCGAAGAAGCCAUCCAGCUUGCAAGGGAUAUAGCAUCCCAGGAAGGUCAAAAUCAAGUAUUCAUAACAGGGAGUUUGUACCUAGUUGGCGGAGCUCUCAACAUUCUUCAGCCUGAGGUCUAA